CCGUAGGAUGCUCCGCGGUGCUGAGGUGGAUGAUGGCGGCGUGGGCUCGGCACGUCUCCCGCUGGGGCUGCCUGCUGGGCGCGGCCCGUGCUGCUGAGCUCCCUCGCAGGCUGGGGAGCGGCGGCCGCCCCGCGCGGGCCUGCCGCCAGCUCGCCCGUGCGGCCGCGCUGCCCGCCGGAAAGGAGAUUGUUCUGGGCAGGCUGCCGGCAUGCCGGCGGCUCUCUGCAGGGAGCCGAUCCCCGCCCGAUAGCGACAAGGACGGAUCCUUCUCUUCUCCCGAAAGUCACUUGCCUUCAGUACAACAGGGGCAAGCAAACCCAGAAAUAUUACCUGAUCUGAAUGCGAAAAUACUGGACGAAGACUGGGAUGACAUCCCACCUUCGUCUGCUUUGGAAGUGAUUUCCGAGGAAGAAGCUGUACAGAUCAUUGCAGAACCGCUUCUCCCCAUUCAGUCUUCCACGCUCCGAGAGUAUGUUGAUCACUCAGAAACCCUCACAAAACUUGUCCACCUAGGAGUUGACUUAUCCCAAGUGGAGAAACGUCAAAAGGCAGGUCAGCUCUUACUGACCUUGGAUUUUGAAAAAGAUGUAAAAAAAAUACUUCUGUUUCUUAAGGAUGUGGGUGUAGAAGACAAUCAACUGGGACCAUUCCUGACCAAAAAUCCAUAUAUCCUUGGUGAAGAUCUGGAAGCUUUAGAAACCAGAGUGGCUUACCUAAAAUCAAAAAAAUUUGGUAAGUCAGAAAUUGCUCAGAUGGUCUCAAGAGCUCCAUAUUUGCUGUUGUUUUCAGUGGAAAGACUGGAUAACAGACUGGGUUUCUUCAAAAAUGAACUUGGUCUCAGUGUAAAAAAGACAAAGGAUCUUGUAAUUCGUCUUCCAAGGCUCCUGACUGGCAAAAUAGAGCCUGUAAAAGAAAAUCUUCAGGUUUGUCAAAUUGAACUUGGUUUUCAACGUAAUGAAAUUCAACAGAUAGUGUGUAAAACUCCCAAGAUUUUAACUGCAAGUAAAAAGAGACUCAAACAGACGUUUGACUACUUACACAACAUAAUGGGCAUUCCCCACCACAUGCUUACUCGCUUUCCUCAGGUUUUCAACUCAAAGCUAUUACGAAUCAGAGAGAGGCAUAUGUUUCUUGCAUUCUUGGGAAGAGCCCAAUAUGACCCAGCACAACCCAGCUACAUCUCCCUGGAUCAGCUGGUAUCCUUGCCUGAUGAGGUGUUUUGUACAGAGAUUGCCAAAGUGUCUAUGCAGGACUUUGAAAAUUUUUUGAAAACACUUUGAUUAGUAACACAUGUAAAAAAUUGUAGAAUUAAGUUAUAAAAUAAACAUACUUUAUAAAACUACUUCAAGGUCUCUUAACUUUUUAAUUACUGGUUUAAAAAGUCAUUGUUUAUGAAGCAUGUAGGAUUUAAAGGCUUACAUUAAUGCUUAUAGUAACUUAAAAAUGUAUUUCAGAAGGAUUGAGCCAAUAUGUUGAUUGCUACUAAUACAAGUCUUGUAAUUAAUUGCAAACUUAAUUGAAAAUGGAUGAUGCAGCACAUUAACAAAAAAGUAAAUUUAAAUUCUUUUUUUCUUUUGAUAAUGGCAAAAUUCUGGGAGAUUGGAAAACUGUCUAGUGACUUAUUCCCUGUCUUCCCCUCUGUUAUCUUCUCCUUUCACCUUCUUCCCCAAAAAUAAGAAUAAGAGAGUGUGGUAUCUGCUUGAGCUAAUAAUAAUGUUACAAUUUUCCUUGUAUGGUAGAAAGAAUCACAUCAUUAAUAUGUGAAGCACCUCAUACAGAAAGGCAUUCUUUCAGUAGGUUACAAAGGUGUUUCCUUGUGAAGCUGGCUGCUGAAAUGAGUAUCUGAAAAGCUGGUUAGAAAUGUCAAAAAAAACCUCCAAAAACCCACCAGCAAACGGAAUUUAGGAAAGUGAUAAAAAGAAAAUAAAGUUGUUAUUGUUCCUGAAAUCUAGAAGAACUUUAUUUUAUUUACUUUUCCCUGUGUUCUGUUUUUUUUCCUCCCAUACUGAUGAGAUUUGUGUGGCUUUAAUAUACAUGUAACCAUAUGAAAAGAGGCUGUAGUAUAUAUGAAGGUGAUAGAGUUGGUCAGUUGUAAAAGCUGAGGUAAAUGCUGACAUUGGGCAUCAUGAAAGUAUUGAAAAUACUUAUUCUUUAAACAAAGCAGAUUAAUAUGGAAUUAUCAAAUGCUUCACAGUGUAUUUGGGAAAAACUAAAAAGCUGCCUAAAUCCACACUGUUUGAUGUUUCGAAACUUCCAUUCCUUCAUUAAAAACAGUUCAGGAAA